AUGGUAGAUCCGAGUGGAGUCGACGACGUGGCAGAGGCUCUAGGAGCAUGUGAACAAGGCAUGCAUUUCCCAUACUCGCAAGUCGCUGUAGCGAUUGGUGACAGGUAUACUGACAGAUCAGUAGUGGCUGAGCGGGAGCGCUUGAGAGCGGCCCUAAGGGAAGGCAGCCGCUUCCCCUUCGGAGGAUCCGUGGAAAAGUACAACAGCAUUGCAGCUAAAGGAACAUGUCGUUGGAUCUACCACACCAAGGAAUUCCGAAACUGGAUCCGGCAGAGACAAAGCGUACUGUGCGUUACGGGGUCGUUUGGGUCCGGGAAGUCGUGUCUACUCGCCUCGCUAGCGAUGAAUCCUUGGGGGUUACGGUCAGAAGUGAAUCUGCCACCCCAGCCUCUUAUUAUCAGACUCUUCUAUGAUUCUCUGCAGAUCCCAGAUUUAUCUCAGAUAUUGCAGGCUCUACUAGUCCAAGCAAUCCCAGAAGAGGGGCUCACACACUGGGUUCACACGACUUCUGCGGGCCAACUUGACAUGAGUAUUGAGGACUUGCAGGAUGCUCUCCUCCAGUCCCUAAUCAAUCUGGGUCAGGAGAAGUCGAUAUUUAUGUUUCUCGAUGAUCUGACCGCGCUUGAGCUCGAUGUCAGUGGGGGCUUGGUUUCGUUUCUCGGUCGAUUGGUAGACCACGCUUGUUCUACUGAUAUUGCAUUACAUGUUUGCUACUCGAAACGGGAUUAUCCUAUUGUGGAAGCGGCAGCCUCAACGUUUCCCACCCAGUUUCAAGUUCGGAUCGAUGCCUUCAAUCAACAGGACAUCCAGUCGUGGGUUCGUUAUUCCUUGGAAUCAACGUUUCGCCAAGGAGUAGUGGAGUCGAAUGACUCGAUCGAAAGAGCAGUGAGCAAGAUCCUUGAAGAGGCGGGUACAAGCUUUGCCGCUGCGUCGAUCUAUCUACGCCACUUGGAGGAAAAUAAAAAUAACGUGCCGUUUCAGAAAUUAGAUGAGUGUCUUGAAGUGCUUCCCAGACCGCUUGAAGAGAUGUGGUUGAAACUGUUGCGAGAUCUGUUGACAUCCAGAAACCCCCACGGGGCAAGGGCAAUGGAUAUGAUGCAAUGUGUGCUGACGGCGCAAAGGUUGCUGAGUCCUCAGGAUCUCUACUGUGUAUGCAACAUGCCCUGUGAUAUGACUGAUUCGGAUGUGCGGUCCGCAUUAGUGGCGGACUCUCUGGGCUUACUCACCCUUUUACCGGAUACAACGAACGCCAUUGAGCCUGGAAAGCCAAGAGUUAUAGUGUCCUUUGUCCAACCAGCAUUGAAGGUGUUCUUAGCAUCACCCGCAGCGGGUGCUCUCUUCACCGAAACACUGCAUUUAACCCACGCCGACUUUGUUGCUGGGGACCACGGCCGCUUUGUCCAAGCGGGGAUCAAAUGCUUAAAGGAAUUUCUUCCCGACUACCGUGAUCAGUGGAAGGACUCACUCCCGCCCUUUGUCGGUGGGAGGUUAUUUCAGGAGCCCAAACCUAGAAGCGCCCAGGUGAGCUUCGAUCAGAUCUUCAAGGGGUAUCCAUUGCUCGAGUAUACCGUUCGCUAUUUGUUCAAGCAUGCUCGGGAAGCUCAACAUUCUGAUGACCUCCAAAAUCUCGAGGAGACAUCCCAAGAUGGCUGCACGCUUCUUGCCGUCUGGGGUCAUCUGCAAAACUGCUUGCAACGGAUCGAGACCUACGGGCCCUCGGUCACGUUGCAGCAUGUUCUUGCACGAUACAACAUGUCGGAAUAUCUGAAAAGGUACCAAAGUCUCGAGGUCAAGACCGAGAGCGCUCAGACGAUUCUCCAUUGGGCUGCUUUCUACGGAAGUGAAGAGGUUGUGGGCCUAGUGAUCAAUCGUACUGUCGAGACACAGUUAGAGGUCUUGUUGCAGAGCUCACGGAAGAAGCACCUGACUGGCACCCGUUGUCUCUACUUUGCCUGUCGCGAAAGUGAAGACGGCAUGAGCGCGCUGGACAUCGCUGUCCAGAAGGGGCAUGUGAACAUCGUUAACCUUUUACUGUCUUUCCGUGACAGGCUAGUACUGAGAUUAGAUAAAGACCACGAGGAUAACAAGGGGUGGAGGCUAAGGCAGCCGGGGAUUUUUCCUCUAGACUAUGCAUCAUGGAUGCGACGUGAGCUCUAUGCUGCUUGGGAGACACAUCUGAAUGACAAUACGCAGGGUAGGAUUCCCGCUCUUCAUCGAGCAGUCAAAAAACGGCUUCCUGUUAUCGUGAAGAAAUUGUUAGGGCAUGGGGCCGACUGGCGGGUGCAAAGUGAGAGCUUAACACCUCUACAGAUGGCGCUGAGACUGGCGGAAGAUGAAAAUCCGUUGCAUCCGGCUACUAAGACCAUCGUGCGGGUCCUCAAGGUGGAAGCCUUCGCAGUCCUCGACAAUGCAACCUGUCUGGAUUCCGAGAUGGAACCAGUUGAUCGGCUUUAUGAAGCAACCGUAAAUCACAUCGACGGGCGAGAUUUGCUUCGGAGUGAGGUUACCAUCCCCGAACUUUUGAAAGAAAAUGGCGUGGACCAGACUCGGUCGCCAUUUACUUGGAUCCAUCUUCCCGCCAAUAAUAUCCUUAUCUUGCAAUUAUUAGGGCAGCAGAAACGGGACAAGAUGCUGCGCCACGAGCUGUGGACAAGCCGUCAGAUACGUGGCUCUGAAAGGUCUCAUAUCUCGUUCAUGAGGCCUGGUUGCGAAAAAAUAGAUGAAACAGAUGACUUUGUGAUAAUCAUGCCCUACCUCCACUGGGAGACCCAGAGAAAGCAACGGCGAUUGGAGGCCUUCAGCCUCUGCAAAUUUCUGCUGGAAUCAGAGGCGGACAGAAUUCCUUCCCUUGUGACGCAGCUAUCUGCAGAGAAUAAUGACAUCCUCAACACAUUUGCGGAGAUCCCGUCCAGUGAUCCUAAAAUUGCAGCUCUCGGUCAGGAGCUCCGGCAGUUUCUGACCACCGUGGAAAGUUCAAAAGCAAAUAAAGUGCCUGCACAGGAGCGGCUCCAAAAGGCCCUACAGGCCUACAGGGAGGAAGCCUGCGCGUCAGAUCGGGAUAUGCGUCUUUUUGACUCGUACACGAGUAGGCAGAAUGUCAAGCAUCCUCUUCAUAUCCGCAGAACGCUUGAUCAAUCGUUCUACUAUACGUUAGACAACACAUCUACGCGCAACAAAGAUCAAGUUGUAGCACGUUAUGGGAGAAAGGAAGGGAGAAAGGAACCCAUCGUCAUCAUGGUAGAUCAGUUGUGGCUCUGGUGCUCAGGGAACACUUUGAUUACAUGCUUUCCACAAAGACGCGAAUGCAAUCCUGAUGACCCAGACCGGUUCGACAUGACUGAUAUACUGGAAAACAUCCUGCAUCCAAUCUCUCCAGAUGUCAAGAAGAAAGAAGGCGGGAAAGGACCACUAUGGCUGAUCCCGGGCAUUGUCAAAGAAUGCGCCGGGGCAUUUUUUGAUCCGAUGAAAAACGUGGAUGAUGGUUUUAGGUUUUUGGAUAUGUUCAGCAAUUCAAUCAGCCGGAUAGCUGACGGAGAGGUUGCCUGCUACCAGCGCUUCGUCAAGAUGCUACGGGUAUCCAGUCAGCAGAAUCUUAUGGAUAUAGACACUGAGUCCGACCUUCUGCGAGAGAUUAAGGAUAUUCUCGACGAACUCCGGAUGAUAAGGGUAGUUAUGGAAGAUCAACUGAAAGUCAUUGCGGCCAUCAGAGCUCCUUUCUUAUGCGCACAAAAGUCUCAAGAUCCUCGAGUCUGGGAUGAUGUACGGGAGUCGGUCGAACGCUACCUUGACAAAGUUCGGUCCAUGCAGAACGAGGGACAAGCGACAGUAAACUCGCUGAAUGCCUUGAUGGACCUGCGGCAGCGCCACGCGACUCUCUGGGAGGCCAAAUCCACCGGAAUGCAGGGGAACACCAUUACAGUCUUUACUGUAGUCACCAUUCUCUUUUUACCUGCCUCAUUCAUGGCCUCUUUCUUUGCAUUGCCCAUCAUGCAGUUCUCCAAAGCCGAGAGCUCGGACAGUCUCGACCUGUCAUAUGUGGUAAAAUGGCUAAUGGCUUUUACCGUACCGGUCGCCCUUUUCUUCAUUUCGAUUGCCUUCUACAUCAAUGACAUUCUGAAUUUCCUGUCCCGGAUUAGUGGGCAUGAAAGACGAGUUGCUAGAUUUUCCGCCGAGGCUUGGAAACAACAAAUUGGGCAGGGCAUCAUCGCCCCUGAGCCGGAUAACCGGCAGCUUCGUGACGGUUCCGAGACUGGGAACGAGGGAAAUGAAGAUGUAGUGUCACAGCACAGUCAGGACGAGCCGAAGGCUCAAUCGGCAACUCGGCGCAGAAAACUGUUUCGGUUCCAGAAUCGGAAUACGGAUAGUCCAGCUUAA